GAGAAAAUAUAUUUAGAAAGGCUAGAACCGUGAUUUAAAGAAUAAAGUAUAAAGAUGAUAUGAAACAAGAACAGAGCUCCAAAAUGCGGUGAAUCACGGACAGAACUCCAAAGGUAAAUGACAUAAAGAACUCAGAACAAGAUAUCUAUAAAAGGGCAAGAAAGUAUAUAGAUUAAAUAUUCAAGGAGUUAUCACGGAGAUCUAGAUACAGACAGAUAAUUCCGAUCCAGAGAGUGACGGGCUAACGAGUAUAAGGAAAUAUAAGAGUUAAUUAGGACUAAGACGUUUCCUAAAAGUUAUAAGCUACUGCUGAGAAGACAAUAGUAUUUAACCUAGCUUUAUACCCAGAACCUAAGUUUAAUCUGUUACCUUUGGUAGAGCCAUUAAAUAUUAAUUUUACAUGUUUGAAGUAAUUCUACAAUUUGAAGAGUCAAGGAAAGCAUUUCUUUAUACGAACGGAAUCUUGUUAUCAUUACUUAUAAACAUAGCUGUUCCGUACUAUGUUUAUAAAGUCACUAGUUUCAUACUUACUAGUAUUAAACGUUGCGUUGCUGGCAGCAACUAAUAACUCAACAGCUAAACUUGCAGGUAAUGUGGGAGAAGACAGUCAAGGCUUAAGCCCAGAUGUGAGUUUAAACAUACUGAAUGGCACUUUGUAUAGAGGGUUAGAUGUCGAUGGCGGGAAUGUUAAUAAUAUUACUAAGCGAGAAGGUAUUCGGAAUUAUCUAAAUACAGCUUUCAAUGGGGGUAUUAUCUUUGAAUCAAUUAACGCAGCAAUAUCAUCGUGGCUUAAUACUUAUUAUCUGGCUAUCAAAAUUGUUAAACAGCAGUCUGAUACGCAUAACUGCGGCAUAGUGCAGAGUGUGACUGUUGACAAUAUGAGAUACAUAUACUCGUCGAAUGGCAGGAACUGUGACACUACAGCUAAGGCUGCGACUAUCGAGGGGUCUUUAAGGAAGGCGUUUGAUACGUAUAGAAAGAAUAACUAUAGUUGCGUGUACUGCAUGGAGCUAACAUAUAGUGGUGCUUGGGUAGGGUAUCUACUAAUAGGACCUAAUUACAACUGGCCUGAUGACCUAACGUGUGGAGACAGCAAUGGAGGUCAAUGUGUAAAGGGUGGCAAGAAUGAUGUAGUACUAUAAAUGAAUUCAAUAAAAUAAAAUAAAAUGAAUAUGAUAAAUAAAUGAAAUGAAAGCAGAGGUUAAAGAUUGGGUAAUUUGAUAUACAAAAGAAAAUAAGAUGAACAAAGUCAAAUCAUAAUAUCAAACAGACAGAAAUAGCCCACAAAGAAUUGAACAAG